AUGGAAGAAAUCCAAGCGGAGCUACGGGCUGAGCGAGAGAGGAAUGACGCGUUGGAGCAGCACAUGCGACAGUUCGACGCCAUGGAGCAGCGCAUGCGACAAUUCGAGGUCUUCAUGUCCUCAAUGGAAGUAUCACAACCAUGUCUUGGUGCUCAAUCUUCACCUGCAAACGUAGCCUUUGGAUCUCAGGCGGAGAUUUCCCCUGCACAACUCAAAGAAAUAGCAACUGGGUUGGAAGAAUCCAAUGUCAACUUCUUGUGGGUGAUAAGAAAGAGCGAGUCGGAGAUUUCGGAGGGGGGUUUCUUAGCCACUGCGGGUGGAAUUCUGUUUUGGAGACCAUAUGCAUGUGCCGGAGUGCCAAUCCUGGCGUGGCCCAUGCUGGCAGAGCAACCUUUGAAUGCGAGAAUGGUGGCGGAGGAGAUAAAGGUGGGGCUGAGGGUUGAGACCGUUGAUGGUUCAGUGAGAGGGUUUGUGAAGUGGGAGGGGUUAGAGAAAAUGGUGAAGGAGUUGAUGAAGGGAGAGAUGGGGAAGGAGGUGAGGAAGAAGGUGAAGGAGUUUGCCGUGAUGGCCAAGAAGGCUAUGGACGACGGUGGAUCGUCCUCCCUCACGAUGGACUUACUCAUUGAUGAGCUACACAUUAAGACAGGCCUUGUGUAA